UUUAAUGGGAUCGGCGAAUACUUGCACCAUCUGCUGGAAACUAUUUCAGAUGGCAGAGGCUGCUAUUUGUCAAAAUUUUGGAGAAUGGCUCUCCAUCAAACUAGACCAACUCAACAUCGAUCAGGAUGUGUUUGGAAGCUACAUAAGUAGUAUUGUAGAAACUGAUGAUUCGAACGAGGAGGAGAAGUCAGAAGCCUUAAGUGGAAUCCUUGGCGGAAUAUUGGAAGAUGCUGUCGAGGAGACUUGCCAUGAAAUCUUGCAGAAAUGGAAACAAGUUAGCCAUUCAACCUCUGAUGAAAAGCAAGUCAAUGGAGAUGCUCACGCAACAGAGAGUUCUGAAGAUAAGAUGGCAGCCAUCAUGGAGCGCCAUGCUGCCACCCAGGUAACCAAGGUUACCAAAUCACCAACAGACUCAAAACAGAAAGCUGCCCUCUUGGCCCGAUUUGCAGAAGUUUCUGAUGGAGAUGAAGAUGAGGAUUACGAACCUGACUAUGAUGGUGGUAAAGGCGGCGGAGGCGGUGCAGCAGGAGGAGGAGGUUUGGAUGACCUGUUCUUUACCAAUACAAAUAAGGUGGACGUUGAUAGACAUGAGAAGGAGAAACGUGAGAAAGCCAAGCUGGAGAGCACAAAGAAGAAGGAACAGGACAAACUGCAGAGAGAACAACAGAAGCAGAAGGCACAAGAUCGGAAAGAGAAAGAAAAGAAGCGAACUCAGAAGCAAGAGAGACGGAGGUAGCAUCCCUCAAUUCGUGACAAAUAUUUUGUUAAUUAAUGCAGUUUAAUAGUAUUUAUUUUUUGACCAUAUAUAUUCUCUGAUGCAGUUGCCGAUUUGCCAAUUAUUUUGAAUCUUCAUAUUAGUAGUCAAAUGAAGACCGUAGCCAUUUCCCACAUUCGGAUGUGUUUUUGGUCCAGAUUUUGACAGUAACUUGAAAAAGAAAUUUACAUUUUCAUGUUAAUAAUUAAUGUAAUUUUAUAUCAAGAAUUUUUCAGGGCAUUUUCACACAUGAAUUAUACUACUUUAUGAUGUACAGUGUGAUGUGUACAUUGUGCAUGUUGAUAUCUAUUUAUUGUCUUAACUGUGAAUCCCUUUGUAAUUCUUAUGAAUUCUUGGAAUGUUAUAUCUACAAGAACAUGUCAUUCAUAAUAUUUCGAUAAUAAUCCUGUAAACACUGCAAACUUAUGUAUGUUAUGUCUCCCUAUUAUGAUACUUUGAACUCUUUUUUAUUCCUUAUUAUAUUUUCACUUAUCGUGUAACACAUCUCACUCUAUGUUUAUCAGCAGUGCUUCCAUUCUGCGAUCACACACAAUGAAUAAUAAGUCCUGCAAUGCCUGUGCUAUAAACAAAAGUAGACUCUUGUAGAUUGAAUGACAGUCUUGUAUUUAAUGGUAUUGAAUAUUCAAUUUAUUAUUGAAGUGAAGAUCCUUCUCCCCCCCCCUCUCUCUCUCUGUCACUCCCCAUUUCUCUAUCUCUCUCCCUUCUCUAUGUAUCCCCUCCCUCUUUGUUUUCACCCCUUUUCAUUUUGAAUGACAUGUUUAGCCAGCUUCACACAGCCAUUGAACAAUGAAUUUGAUAUUUAUAAAAUACCACAAAAGUGAGUAUUUUCUUCUUCUGAUGGCUUCUGUAGACACCUAACAAUUAAGAACAGUUUUCUGAAUAAAAUCAGUCAAUUACUCUGCUACCCUUUAUAGGUGAUUUUGCAUAAUAUAUAUACCAAGUGUAGGGCUCUCUCUAUUAUUAGCAAUCUUACACUUAUUCAGUCUUCGUCAUUAUUGGCAUUAUUACAUGUAGGUGUUAUAUUUUCUAGAGUGGCUGCAGAGUCCCACUCUAAGAGUGGCAGUCUCUUGAGCAAUCUGAACAGAUGGAAGAGGUUGGUGCUGAAUCAGAUACUGAUGCUGACCUCGCCUUUCUUCUCUAAGCUGUUUUGUCUACCAGUUGAGCAUGUCAUAUACUUUCUGCCAUUUUGUCACCUACAUGUACAUUAACUUCACAGACGACGUCCAUUGGCUACAGCUUCCUCAAUGUCGUUAGUGUCAAUGCCAGAAAAUUUCAUGUCAAAUUUGCAGGUGUCUUUGAAAAGGAGGUGUGGAUGUGUGGUCUUCCAAUGGGAUUAUACCCAUCACACAGCUCCCACUUAUCAUAUCCCCACAAUAUGUGCAGUAUUUUGUUGCCAAUCUUGAGAUAUUUCUCUGUUAGAAUAUUCAAUCUUAUAAUCUGUACUCUUAACCAUUUCAGAAGCAAUACUAUUGCAACUUUGUGGACCCAAUAUCGAUUUGUUGCAAGUUUUUUGUUUCGUUAUGAAUAAUUGUUUUUGUGAUUUAUGUGCUUUUUCGGUUUCUUUGGUGUCCGCCUUGUCAGACCAGUGGCCCAUCCUUGUAUGAAAGCACCUCAGUCCACGGGGGGGGGGGGGGGGGGAUUUACCAAUCUAGGACCCUGUUUCAUGAAGACUUACAACUUUGGUUAAUUUGUCAUUAUAUUGACUACUAUGAUAACAAAGCUCAGCAGCCAAUCAAAAUCAAGUUUUCCUUGGUAGUCACAAUAAUAGCAAAGUUAACAUAGCUGUAAGAUUUUAUGAAACUGGCCCCAGAUAAGACUUUAUGCAUACAUUUAGGUCCACUUCACCCAUCAUACAGGUACAUACAGUAUAUCUUUCCUCAAUUGUUGAAAUCAAGGUCCACACAGCCAAAGAGUUUAUUUGUAAAGAAAGAGAAUUUUGAUUAAAUUUUCAGCAUGACGUUUGAUUGAAUGAUAUUUCUCAUUUUAUUCACAUAAUUCUAUUUUGUUGGAGUGGACUUUCCCUUUAAAGUGCUCUUUCUUCUAAUUGUUUAGAUCAUAUAUGUGAAGUUGAAAAAAAUGAUUGUCAAAUCGUUAUCUGUUAUGCAAGGUUGAACAUACCAACACUGAUAUCCCCCUCCUUCACUCAACUCAAUAUAAAGUAUACUGAUAUUGAUAUAUUUAUCAGUGUUCUCGUCUCUGAAUAUCCAUCAAUAUUGAUUUAAAAGAAAAGCUUUGGUGAUGCAAAAAAAAAUACAAGCAAACAUUUUAUGCAUCUUAUGUGAGCAGUAUUAAACAUUUAAAUUUCCUUUAUGUUUUCUCAAUGCACCCUUAAUGCAUGUUUUAAUUGACAUAGCACGAUGAAGCCUUAUCCCCUUUAUAAUAAUAUGUAUUGAUCACAUGGAUAUUAUUUAGUAAGCUGGAUUGCUAAUGCUCAAUUAGAAUUGCAAUUUUCAGAAUAUUUGAAUGAUCUUCCAUUAAAAUACAGCUGAAACACAA